UGUUUCUCUUUUUCAUUUCCGUUCUCCCCUUAGUUUUAUAGAUUUAAGAAACGAGCUAUAUUUGAUUGAGGGAUUUAUUAUUUUUCGUGUUUGGGCUGUAUUGAUUUUAUUUUCGGUCGUGGAAAGACCAAGCGUUUGGGAUUAUCCAUUGUCAGUGACAAAAGAGAAUCAGAUUAAAGUGUAAAAUUUCGAGAAUGCGUCGCUUAUUUUGAUUCGUUUCAAGAAUCUGUUUACUUAUUAGGUUUUAUGUCUGAUGGCCUCCAGCUCAAGCGAGUCAGUAGAAAAUAAGCUUGUCAUCAAAUGACUUGUUUCCUGUAAACUAUUCCUAGAUAGAAAAUAUCUUUUAUGGGUUGAGAAGUAAGGGCGGAUAUGGUUUUGCAUUUUAAAUAUUUAAGGAUAUGGAAGAGACACGAGAUGAUGCUGGUCCAGUGGAUCAAGGGCCUUCUAAUGCAACAUGGUGGUCUUCAGAUUUCAUUGAAAAAUUUGGUUAUGUUUCUUUAGGUUCUCAGGAAGAGAGUAUUAGUAAUAGGGAAUCGCCUAAGACUUUUGAGCAAGAUGGAUUGUCAUCUCAGACAGCAUCACAAGUCUUUUGGAGCAGUGAAAUGUUUUCUGAGCCAAUUCCAAACGGCUUCUAUUCUGUUAUUCCGGAUAAAAGGCUUAAGGAGCAUUUUGACUCUAUUCCUACACUGGAAGAGCUUCAGGCAUUGGGUGGAGAAGGUUAUAAAGCUGAUAUUAUUCUUGUGGAUUUUCAAAAAGAUAAAAAGCUAUCCAUGCUGAAACAGUUGAUUGUGGCACUGGUUAAAGGAUUGAAUUCAAAUCCAGCUUCAAUGAUUAAAAAGAUUGCUGAACUGGUUUCUGAUUUUUAUAAACGUACAACUACUGAAAGUCCCGCAAAAGCUGCACUAGAUGAAACCUCCCACAUGUUUGAAAAUCAAAGUGUCCAGAUGCUGGGGCAAAUAAAGCAUGGUUUAUGUCGUCCACGGGCCAUUUUGUUUAAGAUUUUAGCAGAUACUGUAGGGAUUGAAAGUAAACUCAUCGUGGGUUUGCCAAAUGAUGGGGCGUUCGAGUGUCCAGAUUCAUAUAAACAUAUGUCUGUGAUAGUUGUGUUAAAUUCUGUGGAGCUACUCGUUGAUCUUAUGCGGUUUCCAGGCCAGUUGAUACCACGAUCAACAAAGGCUAUUUUUAUGACCCAUUUUUCAGCAACAGGGGAGAGUGAUUCUGCUGAAAAUGACUCAUGUGAUUCACCAUUAGAGCCAAAUAGUCCACUCUAUGGACUUUCUGAGAAAGUUGAACACGACAGUCUGUCGCAUAGUGAACCAAAUACUUUCUGGCGUCGUAGCCGAAGAAAGGUUAUUGCUGAACAGCGAACUGCAAGUUCCAGUCCAGAGCAUCCAUCUUUUCGAGCACGUGCAAGGUCCAUUCUAAGCGGCGAGAGGAAUUCUGAUAGACAUUUUGUUGAUGAUACUGCUACAUCAAGAUCUAGCUAUAGAUCUGAUGGUGCAUCAACAUCAGACGCUCGUAGAAUGAGAAGAAGAAGCAAUAGCAUGACUCCAGAGAUCAGUGAUGACAUCGUAAGGGCUGUAAGAGCUAUGAAUGAAACGUUGAAACAAAAUCGUCUUUCGCAAGAGCACAGGGAAGAUAGGUCUUUAUCCCAUUCUUCAGCUGAUAGGAAUGAAUGUCCAGAUCUUCAGAAAAAUGUAUCAAAUUUCCAUACGGAUGGCCACAAUAAAAAUGCUGGUGAGAGCUCUGCAUUGUAUAACCUUUCCGGAGAUGAAAUUGAUUCUCAAAAAGCAAUAUCAUUGCCAUCGUCUCCACAUGGGUAUAGGAGCCGAAGUUCAGGAAGAAUUGGAGUUUCUGGUUAUGUAGCAAAUGAUGAAAUGGUUGCAACAUGGAAUAAAAUUCUUAAAUCUCCAAUGUUCAACAAUAACCCUUUAUUACCGUAUCCUGACUGGAAUAUUGAUUUCUUCGAGUUAACCGUUGGAACUCGUGUUGGGAUUGGGUUUUUCGGAGAAGUUUUCCGGGGUGUAUGGAACGGAACAGAUGUUGCCAUCAAGGUGUUUUUGGAGCAAGAUCUUACUGCAGAAAACAUGGAAGAUUUCUGCAAUGAAAUAUCCAUUCUUAGCCGUCUUCGACAUACCAAUGUUAUCUUGUUUCUGGGUGCAUGCACAAAGCCACCACAGUUGUCUAUGAUUACUGAAUACAUGGAGCUAGGAUCAUUGUACUUUUUAAUCCAUAUGAGUGGUCAGAAAAAGAGGUUUAGCUGGCGGAGGAGACUGAAAAUGUUGCGCGAUAUCUGCAGGGGGUUGAUGUGUAUGCACCGGAUAAACAUAGUUCAUCGUGAUUUGAAAAGUGCAAAUUGCCUUGUGAAUAAGCACUGGAUUGUGAAGAUAUGUGAUUUUGGACUAUCCAGAAUAAUGACCAGCAUACCUAUGAAAGAAUCCGCCUCCGCAGGAACACCUGAAUGGAUGGCUCCUGAGCUCAUUCGCAAUGAACCUUUCACUGAAAAAUGUGAUAUUUUUAGCCUUGGGGUGAUAAUGUGGGAGCUUUGUACUUUAAGUAGGCCGUGGGAAGGUGUACCACCAGAAAGGGUAGUUUACGCUGUCGCAAAUGAAGGGUUACGGUUGGAGAUUCCUGAAGGUCCCAUAGGCAGGCUAAUUUCAGAUUGUUGGGCAGAGCCAGAAGAGCGGCCGGGUUGUGCGGAAAUACUUGCGCGGUUGCUAGAUUGCGAGCACUCAGCCUGCUGAUACCGUUGCCAUUACCAUUCUGUUUGUAUAGAAAACCUGGAAGAGGUGUUAACAGUCUUGUCGGCUUUUCAGGUUGUAUCAUACUCUAUAAUUUUCCAAAUCAUUUUCUUUUCCUUCAAUCUCAUCAGGGUUUGACCCACAAAUUUGAUA